AUGUCUAACGCAAAAAAAUUCAAUGCCCGAACUCCUGUUAGUGAAAAGAAAAAUUCCUUCAAUAGUGUGGAUGAUACAGAAAACAUGGAAUAUAUAGAAGACAUGGAAGAUACAGACAUGGAAGAUGUGGAGAAUACGGAUGAAAUGGAUUUUACAGAUUAUAUGGAUGAGGAUACAGAUGAAAUGGAAGACGUAGAUGAAAUAAAAGAUAUGGAAAAUCCUAAAUAUGUAGAAAACAUUGUAGAUAGUACAGGUGCAAAAAAUGUGGUCGUCGGUACUAGUAGAAUGCCCAUGAAAAUCUCUUCUAUGGUGGGCAAUAGUAAAAGUAAAGAGCCAUCGCCUGUAUGGAAAUAUAUAGAGAAAAUAAUAGUUGAAAAUAAAGUAGUAGAAAAAAAAUGCAAA